AUGGCACCUGUUUGGUUCAUCACCGCCACAUCAUCAGGCUUCGGCCACGAGAUCGCCCUCAGAGCACUUUGCCGUGGACACACCGUCAUCGCCACGGCUCGCAACAUCUCACGUAUCCAGGACCUAGCAGAGGCUGGCGCCCACACAAUGGCAUUCGACGUGACCUCCCCCUUCACAGAGAUGCAGGAUACCGCCAAGACCAUCUUUGACAAGUUUGGUCGCGUCGACUACCUAGUCAAUGCGGCUGGGUUCAUCCUCGAGGGAGCCGUGGAGGAGUUCAGCCCCGAGGAGACCCACCGCAUCUUCAACGUCAACGUCUUUGGCGUGAUGAACACGUUCAAGGCCUUCCUCCCGCAUCUGAGGACACAGGAGAUCGGAGACGGAGGUACCAGAGCCACUGUCGUGUGCAUCGGCAGCCUCGGUAGCUGGCAGGGCGGUGCCUCGUACGCAGCCUACUCCAUGACCAAGGCAUCAUGCUCGAUGUUGAUGGAAUCUCUCCGCAUCGAGCUGGCCCCUUAUAAGAUCGUGUCGAGUGUCAUUGAACCGGGGUAUUUCCGCACCGGCUUCCUCAGUUCAAACGCGCUCGUGCAGACCAAGGAGCGCAUCGAUGCGUAUGAGGACCCUAAAACACCUGCAGGGGCGACGAGAAAGGGCUUACGGCAGGUACAUGGAAACCAACCUGGCGACGUGAAGAGGGGUGCCGAGGUCGUGGUCCAAGUGCUGACCAGGACGGGGGUUUCCAAGGGAAGGGAGGUCCCUGUGCGCAUUGUGCUGGGGACCGACUGCGAGGAGACGAUAAGGGCGCAGUGCGCCAAGGUGACUAGUUACUUGGACGAGUGGCAGGAUGUCAUAAGGAGCACUGAUUAUCCGAAGGGGGAGUAG